UCAACAGGCAUGCCCAAAGAAAACUACGAGCCCCCUGACCCUCGGAGGAUGUACACAAUUAUGUCUUCUGAGGAGGCAGCAAAUGGAAAGAAAUCACAUUGGGUGGAGCUUGAAAUAAGUGGAAAAGUAAGAAGCUUAAGCUCAUCUUUGUGGUCACUAACUCACUUGACAGCUUUGCAUUUGAGUGACAAUUCCCUGUCCCGCAUUCCUUCAGACAUUGCCAAGCUUCACAAUCUGGUAUAUCUGGACCUGUCCUCUAAUAAGAUCCGUAGUUUACCAGCAGAACUCGGAAACAUGGUAUCACUCAGGGAGCUCCAUUUAAAUAACAACCUGUUACGAGUUCUACCUUUUGAGCUGGGAAAACUGUUUCAGUUGCAGACUUUAGGCCUGAAAGGAAACCCGCUUGCCCAGGAUAUACUGAGCCUUUACCAGGAACCAGAUGGUACAAGAAGGCUGCUGAGCUAUUUGCUGGAUAACUUGUCAGUUUCAACAGAACAGCCACCUCCAAGAUCGUGGAUUAUGUUGCAAGAACCAGACAGAACAAGGCCCACCGCCUUGUUUUCUGUCAUGUGCUAUAAUGUUCUUUGUGAUAAAUAUGCGACCCGGCAGUUAUACGGCUACUGUCCAUCAUGGGCACUCAAUUGGGACUACAGGAAAAAGGCCAUUAUUCAAGAAAUCUUGAGCUGCAAUGCUGACAUUGUGAGUCUUCAGGAGGUUGAAACGGAACAGUAUUACAGUUUUUUUCUGGUAGAACUGAAAGAACGUGGCUAUAAUGGAUUCUUUAGUCCUAAGUCUAGAGCUAGGACAAUGUCAGAACAAGAAAGAAAACAUGUUGACGGCUGUGCAAUAUUCUUCAAAACGGAAAAAUUUACUUUGGUUCAGAAACACACUGUUGAAUUUAAUCAGCUAGCAAUGGCAAAUUCAGAAGGGUCUGAAGCUAUGCUGAACAGAGUCAUGACAAAAGAUAACAUUGGCGUUGCAGUACUGCUAGAGCUACGAAAGGAAUUGAUUGAAAUGUCGUCUGGAAAGCCACAUCUUGGAACAGAAAAACAACUUAUCCUUGUGGCCAACGCUCAUAUGCAUUGGGACCCUGAGUACUCUGAUGUGAAGUUGGUACAAACGAUGAUGUUCCUCUCGGAAGUGAAGAACAUUAUUGAUAAAGCCUCUCGAAACUUCAAAUCCGGCGUAUUGGGAGAGUUUGGAACUAUUCCGCUGGUGUUAUGUGCAGACCUUAAUUCUUUGCCAGACUCUGGUGUUGUGGAGUAUCUGAGCACGGGUGGAGUAGAAACAAAUCAUAAAGACUUCAAGGAACUGAGAUACAAUGAAAGUCUCACCAACUUCAGCUGUAACGGGAAGAAUGGAGCACCCAACGGGAGAAUCACUCAUGGCUUCAGGUUGAAGAGUGCCUAUGAGAGCGGCCUGAUGCCUUACACAAACUACACGUUCGAUUUCAAGGGUAUAAUCGACUACAUCUUCUAUUCCCAGCCUCAGCUGAACACGCUGGGCAUCCUGGGGCCCCUGGAUCACCACUGGCUGGUGGAGAACAACAUCAGCGGCUGCCCGCACCCCCUCAUCCCCUCCGACCACUUCUCACUUUUCGCACAGCUGGAGCUCUUGCUGCCUUUCCUGCCCCACAUCAAUGGCAUUCACCUUUCUGGCAGGAGGUAGUCGAGCACCUCUGAGGACGCCUCGACUGCUCGUCGGCUCGUGAGGAUCUGAGUUUAGGGGAGUGAGGUAUGGCUGCUGGGGAUUAUGUUUGUCUUGAGGACGAUUUGGAUUUCAGUCUGAUUAUCUGUGAAGACAGAAGCCAGGUCCUAGCAGCGACACGUUGUGGGUUUCGGUGAGGACACAGAGCGACAGCCAGGUGCUAGCAGCACACACAUUCUGAGCCCAAUUUGCUCUAUCCUGCUAGACAGGGAGGGGUGUGUUUGCACCUGUCUUUAAUUCGUUACAAGAACUUUUCCUAUUUGUUCUACCCAAGAUAAUAUUUUCAUGCCUUGAAAUAGGAAAAUGUUUGAGCAGCAUAUUGUCUUUGCACAGAAAUCUGUAGCACUACUUUUUUGAGGCCAGUAGUAACAUCCAGAGACCAUUCUUCCAGACUUCACUCCCUCCUUUUCCAGACUUGUUUAUAAAAUAAUAGAAUUUGAAUUUAGCCUUUAUGAUUGUAUAUGAUCCACAGAAGACCUGAUUUAUGAAAUUUUGUACUAAAAAUCAGAUUUGGAAGCGAUUGUAUUGUACACCGAGGCUAAGUUUUUUUACCUAUUUCGUGUGUUCCAGAGGCCAGCUUGUAAAAGAAGCUGCCACAGACCUUCUCUGCUCAUGAUUUGCACUGCGAGGGUUGUGUUAGCCCUUUUGUACUACUUACUUUAUUUUUAAAUCGAGAACAUGGUUCUUUAAAUCCAAAUCUGCUUAAACCUUGGGACAUUUUCUCAGACCAGAGGCAACUUACGAAUGAAUUUUUGCAAAACUGUCUACCAGGACAGAUAAGCCGAACAGGGAGUGACCGUCAGCAUCUUUGGACUGAAUGUAACGAC